AUGCUUGAUUACGCGGGGAUUAUAAGUUUGAAAAGAGAGUAAUUUCAUGUGAAUAUCCGUAAAUAAAGAAAUGAAAAGUAAUUCAAGGAAUCAAGAAAAAAUUACAUUCAAUCUCUGUUCUCCUAAUAAACAGAAAUGCAGGAAAUGUCCAAUACCAUCAGAGAUAAACUUGAAAAGGGGGAAAACCUUCAAGGGCAAGUUCUCUAGAUGAUGGUGGAUACAAUAUUUGAGGUACUCCACAAAAAUAAUAAUAUGAAUCUAUUGGAUACUAUCGAUGCAGCUGUUUGGAUGUUGAAAUCAGUCGAAGAAUUGACUUAUGAGGAUGAACUGAGUGAUAAUUUGAAAAUGCUAAGAAUUGUAGAUAAGAUGAUAUUGUAUUCAUAAGGAUAUGAUAUUGAGAAUCAGCCACUCAAUUCGUAAAUAAUUAUCUAUGCAGCUAAAUUCCUGAAAUAUUGGACUUAAAUGGAGGAUAAAUCAUUACAUCUUAAGUUUGGGGAAAUUGCAGAAACAGUGUAUUUCUUGCUCAAUAAAUAAGAAUAGAUGUUUGUUAAGAGAGGAGCAGAUAUCUUGUAUAAUUUGGCUUUGAUUGAUAAUGGCAACAUAUUGAAUUAGGUACAUGAACUCACAAUUUUUGGCCAAAAAUUAGUUAAACCUAUUUGUACUAUAUUAAAAACAAGUCACAAUAUAAAAAUCUUACGCACUUUAUGGAGAGUGGUCUUGCAAACAUUUUUAGAUUAAGAUAGAAGUGGACAAUUGCAGUAUGUCCAUUUCAACAUCUAUGAAAAUUAGGAAAACAUUAAAUUUUUUAAUUUGUUGGUAAAUCAGGUAAUAGAGUCAGAACAACAGAAUCGAAAAUUGUUUAAGAACUAAUUGCAUUUGAUUCAGCAGAUACUCGAUUAUUAUUAAUCAGAUGAUCAAUAAAUCUAUGAAGAGUUCAAGCAAUUGUUACUUACAUCUCAAUUUUCUAUCAAACUGAAAGACAUCUGGCUCUUUAAUAAAUGGAAUUCUAUAGCUACGACUGCACAUGAAAUUUAGACACAUUUGGAUGAAUAAUAACAAUGA